AAACCUUGGGUACACACAGGGCUGAAAACAGCUCAUUUGAUUUAACAUAUUAUUUUAAAACAAAUGUCUUAUUAAAUCUGUGUAGAUUAACAUCUAAAGCCGCGUUUCUGUCGUGCUAGCAUCACACAGCCUGGUGUGCCGAGCAGCUUCGCUAACGUUAGCUAAGUACGCAGGGACAGGUAGUUAUGAAAUCUCGUGAUUGCGGAGGAGCGCGGUAACAGGUCAUCCAGUGAAAGCAAACAUGGUCAAGGAAACAGGCUUUUACGACACAUUGGGUGUGAAACCUAAUGCUACUCCUGACGAACUGAAAAGGGCGUACCGCAAGCUAGCUUUGAAAUAUCACCCUGACAAAAAUCCUACAGAAGGAGAGAAGUUCAAGCAGAUCUCACAGGCUUAUGAGGUGUUGUCAGAUGCCAAGAAGAGGGAGCUUUAUGAUCAUGGCGGUGAAAAGGCCAUUAAAGAAGGAGGGACUGGUGGCGGCGGAGGGGGUAGCUUCGCAUCACCCAUGGACAUCUUUGACCUGUUUUUUGGUGGAGGUAGUCGGAUGCACAGAGAGCGAAAAGGAAAGAACAUUGUGCAUCAGAUAACAGUGACGCUGGACGAUCUUUAUAAUGGAGCGACAAGAAAGCUAGCGCUCCAGAAGAACACUAUUUGUGAGAGAUGUGAAGGUCGUGGGAGUCGGAAAGGAGCUGCACAGCUGUGCAUGACUUGUCAUGGCACAGGUAUGCAGGUCCGCAUGCACCAGCUUAUACCAGGUAUGGUCCAGCAGGUGUCCACAGUGUGCCCCAGCUGUCAGGGUCAAGGUCAGAGAAUCAGUCACAAAGAUCGCUGCAAAGCAUGUGCAGGGCGAAAGAUCCUGCGCCAGAAGAAGAUCCUAGAGGUUCACAUCGACAAAGGAAUGAGAGACGGACAGAAGAUUGUUUUCCAUGGAGAGGGAGACCAGGAACCAGAAAUUGAGCCAGGUGACAUAAUUGUCGUGUUGGACCUGCGAGAACAUCCGCUAUUUACCAGGAAAGGACAGGACCUGGUAAUGUCGAUGGAGUUACAGCUGGUGGAAGCUCUGUGUGGAUUCAAGAAGCCCGUUCAGACCCUAGACAACAGAACUCUUAUCAUCACCUCACAUCCAGGGGAACUGAUCAAGCCUGGAGACACAAAGUGUGUCUUGAAUGAAGGGAUGCCUAUGCAUCGCAGACCAUUUGAGAAGGGGCGUCUUAUUAUUCAUUUCUCGGUGGUGUUUCCACAGGCCAACUUCCUCCCCGACAACAAGCUGAAGGAACUGGAGAGCUACCUUCCAGAGAAGCUGGAUCCGGAGCAGCCCGAAAGCAUGGAUGAUGACCUCUACAUCUACGCCGACCUCGAGGACUGUGACUAUGAGAACAGAAAGAGACACAACCAUCAAUACUACUACAUGGAUGAGGACGACUACGCAAGCACCGGAGGUGUCCAGUGCCAGACGUCUUAAAUAUCAGCAGGGCUCUCUUCACUCAGAAGCCCACAGCCUCAUCUCUAGGGUUAAGCACCUUUCUGGAAGUGUGUGCACUUUUUAUUUAAUAACAUUUCCUCAAAUCAUAACUGCUUCAUUUGUUUGUUUACUGAGUCAGAGAACUGCAUCCCACCUCUUCAUUUAUCAUAAUUUUGUAAUGGUUGGACUGGAGAAUGAGACUCCAUGUCAUCUCUGGGACAUUAUUUAUUUGAUUUUUUUUGUUUUGUUUUUCCACUCACACUGUGAUUAGAGAUGAGGGCUGGUAUCACAAAGACUACACACAAAAUAAAAAGGACUGCCUGCCUUUUAUGCAGUUACACUAAGAUUAUGCCAAUAUUAAUAUAAGAAUAACAUUUUAUACAGUGUUACAAAAUCAACUGUUGUUGUGAACCACUUGUUGACUUGUUUAAUCUGUUGUGUGUGAAGGCUCAACCUUUGGACGGUGACUGAGGCAGAAGUGCAUUCAGAUUUAAGUUAGACAUUUGUGCUUGUUUACCCUUGAAAGGGCUAUUUUGUAGACAUUUCUAAACAAACAUCUAAAUGUGACUUUGGAGUAAAGGUGAUAAAGAUUCAGGUGUGGCAGGAGUUGGGUUCAAACCCAUAAGAAGUGGAAACUUAUAUUUAAACUUAGUUGAGUACUCCUACUUGUGAACUCUAAUCAAUAGACUGAAAGGAAGCCACAGAUGUUUUUGUUUAUGAAACCUUGUGUGGACAUCGGAACAUCUCAUGUAUAUAAAACACUUUGAUAUGAGCCAAUAGGUAUGCAGUUGAGGGCAGUUGAGGGCAGUGUAAGUAUUCAGAGACAAAAGGUCAAAUGUUGGUAAAGAGUCACUUUAUUUAAAAAAUCAAAUCAAAUCAAAAGGAUUAGGGGGCGGGUCGAGAUUUGACAUGUCUUAACUUGAGUGUAUGUUUAACCUGAACAUGUGUUCCAGAUUUGAGGUUGUUUUAGGUUUUAGUUACCAGGAUAACUCGGCAAACCUGUGCCAUUCAACAGGCCUCUAAUGGCCAGAUGGUUUUAUUUCUUCACUUUAGUUUUUACAAAAAAUAAGUGGCUUAUAUCAGGUUGGAUGUUCAUGAGGUUAUUUCAGGUUUGUGAUUUCAAAAUCAAAAAAGGUGAAGUGUUGAGUCGUUUCAUUGGUGUGUCUUAAGAAUUCAAUCUGUUGUUCAAAUUUAAAUCAAACUCGAAAGACAAAUGUGUCAACUAAGUGCAUCUUUUUGACAAGUGAAAUGCCAAAUGGGUUUAGUGGGAGAUUACUUGGGACUUGAAAUCUUCACACUUGAUUCCUUAUUGAAGAGUCUGCCUGUUUGAGAGCCUUAACUUGAAACUACUUUAUAAUGCAGGAUGUUUUUUUUACAGUGAUUUUUUUUUUGUUUUUUGCCUUGGAUGUUUUAAGACACAACUAUGCUCACCAGAAUGGACAUUCCUUAACUAAAGAAAAGCUCUUGAAGCAGAUGCAAAUGUGUGGGUCUCUACUUAAAUAUGUGUUAAGAUCUUUAUUUGACUGUACAUGUGUGAGGACGAAUCAUCUACUUGUUCAUGUUUUCUAAUUAAAUGCAUUUUGAUGGUAACUCUAAA